AUAGACUAUUCAGCAUUCUAAUACUCCUCUCGUUCUCGGAACCAAUCCAUUGUAUAGAUCUGUCCACAUAAAUGAAAUAAUGGUCCUACUCGGAUCUAAGCAUGCAUAGAUAUUUGAAGCAUAAUCUUGACCUUAUAAUACUUCAAAUUUGGCGACUGGAUGCAAUUUCCCAAUUCUAGCUAAGGUGUGUACACUAAACCUCGUGUUCCGUCAAUAUGCAUCCAAGCUUCUUCUUAUUGCCUAAAAAUCAAUUCUGUUAAACAAGAAAAAGGGAGAAAAGAGAGUAGAACUACACCAUGAAGAUAUCGAAUAAAUAUUCCCUCCUAAUUUUUGUCUUAACCUUUUUGAUGUCCAUCCAGAAAAUCUCCAAUCAAACAGAUACUAUGACUACUACACAGAUCCUUAGGGAUGGUGAGACAAUAAUCUCGUCGGGUGGCAUCUUUGAGUUGGGAUUCUUCAGCCCCGGAAAUUCCAAGAAUAGAUACGUGGGCAUGUGGUACAAGAAUAUAACGGACAAGAAGGUAGUAUGGGUUGCCAACAGAGAAAUUCCAGUCUCAAAUACAUCAGGAGUAGUCUUAAAGGUUAUCGAGCCAGGACUUCUAGUUCUUCUAAAUGAAUCUAACGGUCGUAUCAUAUGGUCAUCUAAUACAUCCCGACCUGUGAAAAUUCCAGUUGCAGUAUUGCUUGACUCAGGAAACUUAGUUGUGAAAGAUGCAAAUGAUGAUGACCAGGGGAAUUACCUUUGGCAGAGUUUUAAUAAGCCGACUGAUACAUUGUUACCAAGAAUGAAGCUUGGUUGGAACUUUAUAACUGGUCUGGAGGUCUAUCUAUCACCAUGGAAUAACAGUGACGAUCCAUCUUCUGGAGAUUCUACAUUUCACUUUGAUCCCAGUGGUUAUCCACAACUUGUUAUGAGAAGAGGUUCAGUUGUGGUGUUUAAAACCGGACCUUGGAAUGGGCUGAGCUAUAGUGGGACGCCAAACUUGAGGAAAAAUCCUAAUUUCAAAUUUGGAAUAGUUAUAAAUAAAAACGAGGCAUACUAUGCUUAUGAGCUACUUGGAUCAAUUAUUUCAAUGUACACAGUGAAUCCAAGCAGGGUUGCUCAGCGUUUGAUAUGGGUUAGUCGAACGCGAGGGUGGGUGAUUCAACACACUGCUCCAAUAGAUAAUUGUGAUACUUAUAAAGUGUGUGGCGCAUAUGGUAGUUGCAAUAUUGUGAAUUCUCCUAUUUGUGGAUGUUUGGAUAGAUUUCUGCCUAAAGAUCCAAAAGGUUGGGAUAGGGCAGAUUGGUCGGCUGGAUGUGUUAGAAGAACUUCCCUGAAUUGUCAAAAUGGAGAUAUAUUUCUCAAGUAUUCCGGUAUUAAAUUGCCAGACACACAAUAUUCCUGGUUUAACGAGAGUAUGAAACUCGAUGAAUGCAAGGUAGCGUGCUUAAAGAAUUGCUCUUGUAUGGCUUAUAGUCCAUUGGAUAUGAGCACAGGAGGAAGUGGAUGCCUACUUUGGUUCAAAGACCUAGUUAACAUCAGAGAGCUUUCUAAAGCAGGACAAGAUAUCUACAUUAGAAUGGCUUCUUCCGAAUUAGAGUUACAAGGAAAGAACAAAAAAGUUCUUGAAGUAAGUUUGUCGUUGUCAAUAGGAAUAUUCCUGCUUGGGCUUAUUCUGAUGCUGUAUCUUCGAAGAAGGAAGAAAAGAAAUCACAGGUUCAGAACAGGCAGCAGGCCAGGAGACAACUAUAUCGACCGUGAUAAUAAGAAAAGUCGUGAUGAAGAUAUAGAGCUACCACUGUUCGAUUUAUAUACACUAACUAAAGCUACCAAUCAUUUUUCAAUUAAUAACAAGCUUGGGGAGGGAGGGUAUGGACCUGUUUACAAGGGACUGUUAAAGGAGGGGCAGGACAUUGCUGUCAAACGGCUAUCAAGAGAUUCUCUCCAAGGGCGUGAUGAGUUCAAGAGUGAAGUUAUCUGUAUAGCUAAACAUCAGCAUCGAAACCUUGUGAAGCUUCUAGGGUGCUGCAUUGAAGGAGAAGAAAAGAUGUUAAUUUAUGAAUACAUGCCUAAUGGAAGUUUGGACUUGAUUCUAUAUGAUCCAAUGCAAAGUGCAGUGCUUGACUGGCCUAAGCGCUUUCACAUUAUCAAUGGUAUUGCUCGGGGUCUUAUGUAUCUCCAUCAAGAUUCCCGUCUAAGAAUAAUCCAUAGAGACCUCAAAGCUAGCAACAUUUUGUUAGAUUCUAAUAUGAUCCCAAAGAUAUCAGACUUUGGCCUGGCUCGAUGUUUUGGAGGAAACGAGACUGGAGCUAAUACGAGCCACGUAGUUGGAACAUAUGGCUACAUGUCCCCAGAAUAUGCUAUAGAUGGCCAUUUCUCAGUGAAAUCAGAUGUAUAUAGCUUUGGUGUUUUGGUGCUUGAGAUAGUGAGUGGCAAAAGAAAUAGAGGAUUUUCUCACAGAGAUCACCACCACAACCUUCUUGGACAUGCAUGGAUAUUGUAUAAAGAAGGAAGGUCUUUGGAAUUAGUCGAUGCUUGCAUUGAUGUCUCGGGCUAUUUAUCAGAAGUGCUUCGAUCGAUCCAUGUGGGACUUUUAUGCGUUCAACAAUCUCUACAAGAUAGGCCAGGCAUGUCUGCAGCUGUGUUAAUGUUGGGGAUUGAAAGUUUGUUGCCCCAAGCUAGACAACCUGGUUUUUUCACAGAAAGAGAUGCUGAAAGUUCAAGUAGCACAAACACUGCAAAAUCAGAAAACCAAAUGACCAUUUCAAUGUUGGAAGCACGAUAAGAAAAUAAGAUACAGUAAUUACCCCUAUGUUGCUUUUAUCGUUCUUCAACCAAAAUACUGCAUUUGUCUUCCAUUACAAACAUUAGUUUUACAUUAAAGAAAUAACCUUCUCCUCUGUAAUUGAUGAAUUUGUUAAACAUGAUAGCACUGGCAAAAACGAUCUACUGAGUAAGUCAAUAGAGAUUGGUAUUUUAUUCUAAUCAGGUCAGUGUCAGAUAUCCUACCAACUUAGGUAUGCGAUUUGUCUUGACUGUGAUGAAAGUUAUGUUGAAAGUA